GCCGCCGGAGCAAGCCCCUUGGAGCUGGACGGGCCACACCGCCCCGCUGGUGACCGAGUCCCCGUGCGCUGGUCCAUGCUGGUCUCCGCCUUUGUUCUCGGGCCGGAGCGGGGACAUGUGCCGCUGAGGAUGGAAGUGGAGGACUCGGGCGGCGUGGUGCUGACUGCCUACCAUUCGUACGCUCGCUCCCAGCCACCCAGCUCAGAACCCCGCUGCGCGCCCAGGGCCACCGCCAGCCACCCUGGCAGCAGAAAAUCUAUUCCUCGCUGCCGAAGAAUUAACAGGAUGCUCUCCAACGAGUCCCUACAUUCUCCUGCAUUUAGCCGCUCCAACUCACAAGCCUCCAUAGACAGCACCUCCAUGGAGGAGUUUUUGCGGGAAAUAGAAAGCAUUAAAGAGAAUAGCAUGGGAGGACAGGAAGAACAGAUACCAGCUGAAGUCAAGCCUGUGGAUGAAGGAGAACUUGAAGCAGAGUGGUUGCAAGACGUGGGUUUAUCAACCCUGAUCUCAGGUAAUGAAGAGGAGGAUGGCAAAGCCUUGCUCUCUACACUGACUCGAACCCAAGCAGCUGCUGUGAAAAAGAGAUAUAAUACUUACACUCAAACCAUGAGAAAAAAGAACAAGCAGUCUGUUCGGGAUGUCAGAGACAUCUUUGGAGUCAGCGAAUCUCCUCCAGGUGAUACCUGUGACAACCAUACUGCUCAGUUGGAUGGAACCCCGGAGGAAAAAGAACUGCCAGGAAUUAUCAAAACAAGUGGGUCCUUGCCAGAUGGUGCUUCUCUCAACAAUACCACCCUGUCAGAUGGGUCCCAAGAUGAAGAAGGGAGUUUUGCAGUUCCUAGGAGUGGCUCUGUGUCUGUACUCAAGACUCUUCCAGCUCUACCAGUUCUCUCCAACGGAUCUCCAGACCCUGCACAGGCAGUUCAGAAUGCAGGGAGUGAUGAUGAUUAUCGGAAAAAAAACAUUCCACCAGAAACUGAAGAGCUGUCCUUUGAAGUAUCUUAUUCAGAAAUGGUUACAGAGGCUCCAAAAAGAAGUAAAUUCAAGAAAUCAGAUUUUAAGAAAGAAGACUAUGCUUUAACUAAAUUUACUGUCCAGAAAACCAGAUUCGGCCUAACCGAAGCAGGAGAUCUGUCUGCUGAAGAUAUGAAGAAAAUCCGCCAUCUCUCUCUAAUUGAACUGACUGCCUUUUUUGAUGCCUUUGGAAUCCAACUGAAAAGAAACAAAACUGAGAGAGUAAAAGGACGAGACAAUGGUAUUUUUGGCGUUCCACUUACAGUCCUAUUGGACAAUGACCGAAAGAAAGACCCUGGAGUGAAGGUUCCCCUGGUGUUACAAAAAUUUUUUGAGAAAGUUGAAGAAUCGGGCCUGGAAUCUGAAGGAAUUUUUCGACUUUCAGGAUGCACUGCCAAAGUCAAGCAAUACCGUGAAGAACUGGAUGCCAAGUUUAAUGCUGAUAAAUUUAAAUGGGACAGAAUGUGCCAUAGAGAAGCUGCAGUAAUGUUGAAGGCGUUUUUCAGAGAACUACCCACCUCUCUCUUCCCUGUGGAAUAUAUACCUGCCUUCAUCACUCUCAUAGAAAGAGGGCCUCACAUCAAAGUACAGUUUCAAGCUUUACAUCUCAUGAUCAUGGCACUGCCUGAUGCCAACAGGGACACAGCCCAGGCCCUCAUGACAUUCUUCAAUAAAGUGAUUGCCAACGAAUCAAAAAACCGAAUGAGUAUAUGGAAUAUUUCUACUAUAAUGGCACCAAACCUUUUCUUCAGUCGAAGCAAGCAUUCUGAUUAUGAAGAAUUACAGUUAGCAAACACUGCAGCGCACAUCAUCCGCCUAAUGCUUAAAUACCAGAAAAUUCUGUGGAAGGUUCCGUCUUUCUUAAUCAUGCAAGUCAGAAGAAUGAAUGAAGCUACCAUGUUGUUAAAGAAGCAGCUCCCAAGUGUCAAAAAGUUGCUGAGGAGGAAGACCAUAGAGCGAGAGGUUAUAAGUCCCAAGACUUCAAAGGUACUACAAAAAUCACCCUCUUCGAGAAGAAUGUCUGACGUGCCGGAAGGAGUCAUAAGGGUCCAUGCUCCGCUUCUCUCUAAGGUGUCCAUGGCCAUUCAGCUCACUAGUCACACCAAAGCCAAAGACAUACUGGCAAAAUUUCAAUAUGAGAACAGUCAUGGUUCAUCAGAAUGCUUUAAGAUUCAUAACCAACGGUUAUAUGAAAUUGGAGGAAAUAUAGGGCAGCAUUGCUUGGAUCCAGAUGCUUAUAUAUUGGAUAUAUAUCAUGUAAAUCCUCAAGCAGAGUGGGUGAUUAAACCCCAACCAAGUUUUUGAAAUAACCCCCAAGAUGGCACCUAUCAUGUAUUAUAUGCCAAGAAGAUUCUACAUUUGGUAGGGAAAAUAACAAGACUGUUUUUGGCAUGUUUGUUUCAAUAACCCUCUUGGUGUUUCUCAGCCCAAGUGGCAUCUCCCAGCAUUGUCAACAUGAACUGUGGAGGAGGAGGAGCUGGUUGACUGAGCUGAGGCUUUCUCCUAUGGUUCCUUAAUAAUGGUGAAGGAAAGACACUGUGAUUGUUCCAGAGGAAAGGCCAAGCUAGUAUAUGGAACUCUGUAAUCAUUUCUAGUACUUUGACUUCACAACAGAAAUGAACUUCGUCUUAUACCUAGAGAUAAAAAAUACUUCUUUAUGUAGCAGAUGCUACACAGACAUUGAAGAGUCUUUGUUUUACUUACGUUAUAUAUAUGUUGACCUUUUUGAACAAGAAUGCCAGAAGUAUCAAUAAUUUCCACCACAGACAUGGAAGAGUCUUUGUUUUACUUACGUUAUAUGUAUGUUGACCUUUUUGAACAAGAAUGCCAGAAGUAUCAAUAAUUUCUGCUCUGCAAAAUAAUUCAGAUUUGCUUUUCAAAGGGAAUCAGUUUCUAAAGUUAGGCAUCCAAUAUCGAUGCCCUGACUUGCUCCCAAAUUGGAGGAGGACGAACUUCUGUUGAAAGAACACUGUAUUGUUACGUAUGUUGUACUGUAUUAUGACUAUCCGCGUUCUGGUGCAAGUAAACAUUUCUCUAUUGUGGGUUCUUGAAAAUUUAUAUUUUUAAAGCUUGUUCUCUUAUGAGCACAGGUUCCCAUAGCAAAGGUUAAUUUGACAGAGGGUGUUCUUAUGCUUUCAUAACCUCUGUGUAGUUACCAGUCACAGACCUCUAUCUUUUCAUCAUGAUUAUGGUGCUCAAUGAAAAGCUUUCUCUGUGCCAGGCACAGAUUUCCUUUCCUGAUCAAACAUAUCAUUUUUUUAAUAUUUUACAACUGUAGAUUGUCACUUCUGUAGCCCCAGUUUAAAAAUAGAGAAUUGUCUUCAUCCAACUGCUCUUCUUCUAAAAGUACUGAAAAAUACUCUUAUAUCCAGGUUUUAUAUGCUGUAAAAGCAAAUUGUUUCUGUUCAUCAUUCAUAGAUUGGCCAAGCACUGUGGAUUAGCCUCAGACUUUAAAGUCAGAUGCAUAUUUGGUAAGCUGGAAACUGUCUUACUAUGAAGAUCCUGCAGAGCCAUUUUUUAGACCUACAAUCAGUGAGAACACACAGUUCUCCACAAUCUAAUGGAGAGCAAAUCCACAAUGUGCUGAAGGGUCAGACAGCUCUGCCUUUCAUCUUAAGACUACAGAUAUAGGUCUAAGGUUAGCUAGAAAUGGGGACAGAGAUCUCAUUUAUCCUACAAGCAUGCUUUGGAUUAGAAUCCACAGAUUGAGAUUUCAUUGAAUUUAUAAUAAUUUUAAUGAGAUUUAAUGUCCAAAUGACUCUCUUUUGCAGUUCAAACAGUAACAUAAAUACAGAAAACAUUUUACCAAUGCUUUGGUAAAAAAGUGUUUUUACCAAUGUUCCUACUUACCAAUUCUUAAAACAUGACAUAAUAAUUUAAGCCCACAUAUAGAAGAAAUCUUUUUUUUUUUUUUUUUAAGUUGGCUCCACACCCUGGGUGGAGCCCAACCCUGGGCUUGAACUCACGAUCCUGAGAUCAAGA